AUGGAGAAGCACGGGCCUGGUUAUCAGCCAGGGACGACCGUAGAGGUCACCGACGCGACGGACGACGACGCCUACCUCGAGCAAAUGGGUUACAAGCAGGAGUUCCGUCGUGACUUCACGUUCUUGGGCCUGUUCUCUCUCGUGUCUAGCGAGCUUGCCGUGCUGCCCGGUGUUGCGGGAACGAUAUGGUACACUAUGGGGUACAUGGGGCUCAUCGGCAUGACAUGGGGGUGGUUAGUCGCGGCGGUCAUGGGCCAAUUCCUCGUGUAUUCCCUCGCUGAACUUUCUUCUGCCUACCCUACGUCGGGUGGACUGUACUAUUGGGCGUAUAUGACGGCCUCUCCCAGAUGGAGAAUGCUGUCCUGCUACGUCGUGGCUUGGUCGAUGAUCAUAUCUACGCCUCUCGCCUGCGUAUCCAUCACCUAUUCAGCAGCCCAACUGCUCGUUGCGACCGUUCAAGUCGGGCUGCCAGAUUACGAACCUGCCUCGUGGCACAUCUACCUGGUGUAUUUGGCGAUGAUGUUCGCGUCGUACCUUGUCAUCUGUCUGCCCACGCGCUACGUCAGCUGGUUCAAUAUAUGGGCGUACUUCAUCGGCACAAUCGUGCUGAUCAUCGUGACCAUCCUUCUACCCAUCAAAGCCGACCAUUUGAACUCUGCCAAAGACAUCUUUACCAAGGGUGAAAAUCAAAUUGCUUGGCCUGCGGGUUGGUCCUUCUGCAUGACGUUCCUUUCCGCUACUUGGACCCUCAGUGGGUACGAUGUGGCCGCCCACGUCGCGGAGGAGACCCACAACGCUGCGAUCACCGUUCCACGAGCGAUGGUGUGGAGCACCUGGUCCAGUGCCUUCCUGGGAUUUGUCUACCUUAUCUCCUUGGCUCUCUGCGCCACUGACAUCGACUCGCUCAUGGCGAACCCCCUGGGACAGCCCGUCGGCACGCUUAUGGCCGAUGUACUGGGAACCAAAGGCGGUAUCGCCCUCAUGACCAUAAACGCUUUCACACAAUUUGCUUGCGGCGUCGCAUUCUUCGUCGCGGCGUCCCGGAUCUUCUUUGCCUACUCCCGCGACAAGGCCCUACCGUUCUCGGACUGGCUCAGCCGCGUCUCGCCCCGCACGCAGACGCCGAACAACGCCUCGCUCGUCGUCUUCAUCCUCUCGGCCGCAUUCGGUGUGAUCUCCGUCGGCUCCGACACCGCCUUCGAAGCAUUCUUCUCGGGGAGCACGCUGGCCGGUCAGAUCGGGUACAUCCUCCCGGUCCUAGGUCGGUGCCUGUACGAGAAUAACCCGGAAUACCGUAACGGACCGUACAACCUCGGCCGGUAUUCGCGCGCUAUACGUUGGACGGCUGUGGCGUGGAAUGCAUUCAUCAUGCCUCUCGUCAGCUUGUGA